AUGGUGUCGAGGGCGGGUGCAAGGAGGCACCAGUGGCGCAUGAGCGAACAAGAGGCAAGAGACACUCGCGAACAGGAUUCGUGCUUACUUUUCCACGCCGCUUCUUUUCCCUGUUGUACUGACAGACAUAUUCGAGUUCUAGCACUCGUCAAUUUGACGUACACGGCGGCAAGCGCCGAGUUCCUCCGUUCGAGUUUUGGCACGUCCACUGCAGCAACAGCAGAAGACUCCAUGGUGAGAUGCUGGGUCGGGGAGAGUCAAGCUUUGCUUGGCCAGUCUGGAGUAGUCGAAGGGUAUGCCAUAUGGACGGAUUGGCUCGCUGAUGGCUGGGGAGGGGAGGGGGGCGGCAGUCAGACCGUCAGAGUCGGCACCCAAGUCGCAAAGUCGCAAUGUCCGGCUCGUGGCAAGGGUGAUGCUUUGCCCUUUGUGGUCAAUUUAACCACUUCUUUAGCCGGUGGGCAUUGCCAGCCCCGCAAAAACCCAGGAAAGCUUGAUGAACGAUGCUCGCUCCAUGCUUGGCCUUGGUCAUGGUGGCCCGCCAUAACCUUGGAGGCAACCCUUCUGGCAGGCAUCGUCUUCACUACGCCUUGGCCGCACUUGAACCCCUCUUCUCUCAUGCUCUUCUCCCUUCUCACUCACACUCACGACCUCGCUAGCCAUCUCCAAUGGCUGGCUGCUGUCAGAUCACAGAUGGCACAGUCAAUAACUACGGAACGUCUGUUCCUCAGUGGCAAUUCACUGCGUAAUGUCAACUCUCUCAAGUCUCUCAAGUCUCUCAAGUCCAAGUGUGUCAGCGUAUACUGUACUGUGCAUGAAUGCACACAAGUGGUGCAGACAGGCAUGAAACGAACGGCCACCGGCCACCACGCCAUCCUGUCCCAAGGCACAGUACAUCGUCGCAGAGCCAAUGACUUCCACCGUCACCGCCGCAAGUGGGGGUGCUGUGCUGACGACCUUCUGACACAUGUCAUCGCCGACGGAACCUCCUGCAGUGUGCCAGACGACCUCAUGCCCGACCUCAUGCCCGAAAUAACAAUCGCGUCUGACGGGAGAGAAUCGCGCAAAGCCAACAUGCCUACAACAUGUACCGGUAAGACGUCCGAUGAUAUGCACCAGGCAUGGGUAUACUAUGCAAACGUGCAAGACGGCUCACAGAACAAUCUCUCUGGUGCCAAAGGCCUCCACUUUCCGCUCCAACUUACCAUUCACAUGCAACGGGCCGGAGCAUAUUCUAGACGUGUUUUGUACAGGAGGCACGGCUGCAGCCUGCCACCAUCGCACAUAACUACUCUAUCAGCCAAAAAUCUCCACAUCUUCCUCCUCCAGCCGCGCGACUCGAGGACCCGCCCGCAUCGCGGAGGUUUUGCUAACAUGGGGUUAGAGAUAGAGUUUCGUAUCGUGGGCACUUGGACGAAGCUUGGUGGAACGACAGGUAGGGAAAAACCUCACGUCUUCUAUACCUAUAUUGUACAAGCCGGAUUGUGGUGGAGCCUUCCCGCACAAAGUCACCGCUUCAUGAUUCUCUCUACCCUUUCCGGGUCCCCUCGAUUGUCCUGGUCUGCACACAUGGUUAGCCUCUGGAAAACAGCGUGUAUACAUGCAUUGAUGCUCGGAGAUUGGCAUGAUGCCUGUAAGCAAAAUUCGCGGUGCCUACCGUACCAUGUCUUACUCUACUUGGAGAGCUCUGCUCGGUGCCACAUCAAGGGACCGUCAAAGGUACGAGUCCACGAGCGACAGUACUGCAGCAUCAUCGUAUACGGGAUUGCCCAAGACCAUACAACCUGCACGUCCACAGCCUAUGUAGGUACCAGAGGCAUUCUUCGGCUGAGCGGAUGGCGCCUCCGCCACUCUCCACUAUAUCACCGGGCACCACUUAUUCUGCGCCAUCUCGUGACGCCCUGGCUGGUAUACUAUACAAUAAGUACAGUAUACCCACCCAACCCAUAUCCCGCCAUCGGGGUCGAAUGGUUAUGCGUUCCAGUAUCCCGGCUUGCCGCUGCGCUUGGACAGGGGCGAAUUGCUGUGGCCUGCUGGCAGCAGCCUCACAGCUGGGGCGAGCAUUGUGUAAUAUCCACAGAGCUUGACGGCUACCUGACGCACAUUUGGAGUGCGUUAAUGGUGUGUGUGUGUGUGUAUGUGUCUCGCUUCGACUCUGCAUACGAGCUGCCUGAGAUCCUGCAGACAGGCUGCAGAAACGUCGAUGAAUCUUGCGGGGAAGCUCAGGGGAAGCGAAGACAUAACACCCUGGGCUAUGAAGAUGGCCUCGACAUGGUUUGA